AUGCAAGCCAGAAAGCAACUUAUUUCAUCAGCCCGGCGCAUCGUCGGGUCAUCGUUACCUAGACCUACAAGGCUAAUCUCACGAGCCAUACUCACCGAAUCUGCGGCGCUCAAGAGCAGUAGCAGACUUCUGCCAGCGAUAGCUAUCCGUACAUAUGCAAAUGGCAGGCCUCACCCUCCAGGCGGCACCCACCGCAUGAAUAUGGGUGGAGAGCCCGAGAAGCCGGCACUUGAGCAGUUCGGCAUCGACCUCACGGCCAAGGCCAAGGACGGAAAGCUAGAUCCUGUCAUCGGGCGAGACGCCGAGAUUCAGAGAACGAUUCAGAUCCUCUCACGCCGGACAAAGAACAACCCUGUCGUGAUCGGAAAGGCUGGCACCGGCAAGACGGCCAUCCUGGAAGGCCUCGCACUGAGAAUCGUGCGUGGCGACGUCCCGGAGAGCAUCAAGAACAAGCGUGUUAUUGCUCUGGACCUGGGAUCGCUCAUCGCAGGUGCCAAGUUCAGGGGUGACUUCGAGGAGAGAUUGAAAAAGGUCUUGACAGAGGUUCAGCAAGCGGAGGGCGAAGUCAUUCUCUUCAUUGACGAGCUGCAUACACUGCUCGGUCUUGGCAAGGCCGAAGGGUCGAUCGAUGCGAGCAACCUGCUGAAGCCAGCACUUGCACGUGGCGAGCUUCAGUGUUGCGGUGCGACUACACUGGAAGAGUAUCGUUUGAUUGAGAAGGAUGUCGCCCUUGCACGAAGAUUCCAACCGAUUAUCGUCAACGAACCCACUGUUCAGGACACCAUCAGCAUCCUUCGCGGCAUCAAAGACAAGUACGAGGUCCACCAUGGUGUGCGAAUUACAGACGGCGCUCUGGUGGCUGCUGCUACAUACUCCAAUCGAUACAUCACCGACCGGUUCCUUCCGGACAAGGCCAUCGACUUGAUGGACGAGGCGGCGAGUCAUCUCAAGCUUGAGCAUGAAUCGAAGCCCGAAAAUAUCAUGGCCCUCGAUCAGAAGAUUAUGACUAUUCAAAUUGAACUCGAGAGCUUACGCAAGGAAAAGGACGUUGCCAGUCAGGAGCGCCGCGAAAAGCUACAAGCGGACUUGAAGAAGUAUGAAGGGGAAAUAUCGGAGCUCACGAAGCGCUGGGAGGCGGAGCGUGCAGAGAUCGAGGCCGUCAAGAAGACCCAAGAGGAUCUUGACAAGGCGAAGAUCGAGCUUGACCAAGCACAGAGAGAAGGUAACUUUGGACGCGCCUCGGAGCUGAGAUACAGCGUCAUCCCUUCUCUCGAGAUGAAAAUUCCCAAGGACGGCGAAAAGGCGGGGGACACCCUUGUCCACGACGCCGUCACCGCUGACGAUAUCGCGGCAGUCGUGUCGAGGGUGACCGGCAUUCCCAUCUCUAAGCUUACAUCCGGCCACAUUGAGAAGCUGGUGCACAUGGAAGACACCCUCCGCGAGGCAGUCCGCGGCCAAGACGAGGCUAUCAAGGCCGUCUCCAACGCCGUGCGUCUCCAGCGCGCCGGCCUGAGUGGCGAGAACAGGCCACUGGCUUCCUUCUUCUUCCUCGGACCUACCGGUGUUGGCAAGACGGAGCUCUGCAAGAAACUCGCAGGCUUCCUCUUCUCGACCGAGUCUGCCGUCGUCCGCUUCGACAUGAGCGAGUUUCAGGAGAAGCAUACCAUAUCCCGCCUCAUCGGAGCACCAUCCGGCUACGUUGGCUACGAAGACGCCGGUCAGCUCACCGAGGCCGUCCGCCGCAAACCCUAUGCGGUCCUCCUCUUUGACGAGUUUGAGAAGGCGCAUCGCGACAUCUCAGCCCUCCUCCUGCAGGUCCUCGACGAGGGCUACCUCACCGACGCCCAGGGCCACAAGGUGGAUUUCCGCAACACAAUCAUUGUGCUGACGUCCAAUCUCGGCGCCGAUAUUCUCGUCGGCGCCAACCCGUCUCAUCCGUACAAGGAGACGGCCGACGGCGACAUCGACCCAUCGGUCCGCAAGGCCGUCAUGGACGUCGUCGCUGCCAACUACCCGCCCGAGUUCCUCAACCGUAUCGACUCCUUCAUCGUCUUCAAACGCCUCGCGCUGUCCGCUCUCCGCGACAUUGUUGACAUCCGUCUGCGUGAGCUGCAGCAUCGUCUCGAUGACAAGCGCAUUGUCCUCAACGUCGGCGGCGAGGUCCGCGAUUGGCUGGCCGAGCGCGGAUACGACCCUAAGUUCGGCGCCAGGCCGCUCAACCGCCUCAUCACCAACGAGAUCGGCAACGGCCUCGCCGACAAGAUCAUCCGCGGCGAGCUGCGGUCUGGUGACACGGCGGUGGUUUACAUCAACGAGGACAACUCGGGACUUGAGGUGGCGCCAGAGGCCAAGGCAGCGUAA